AUGACGGUCCAGGAGAUCAAGAAGAAAGAUGUCACUCUCAGCAACCUUCUACUUGGCGCAUCGCUGAACAUGUUCGAGGUUACCUCGCUCGGCCAGCCCCUCGAAGUGAUCAAAACCACCAUGGCCGCCCACCGCAAAGACUCCGUCCCAGCUGCCAUGCGCCGCGUCUGGGCAAGAGGCGGUCUCUCAGGCUUCUACCAAGGCCUAAUCCCCUGGGCAUGGAUCGAAGCCUCCUCCAAAGGCGCCGUGCUCCUCUUCGUCGCCUCGGAAGCCGAAUACCACAUCAAACGCCUCGGGGCGGCAGACGUUCUCGCCGGAAUCGGUGGCGGGAUGGUCGGGGGUGUCGCGCAGGCAUACGCCACCGUGGGCUUCUGCACCUGUAUGAAGACAGCGGAGAUCACCCGGUCCAAGCUCGCGUCGGAGGGAACAAAACCGCCCAGCACACUCGAGAUGUUCCGCAACAUCUACCGCACUGAGGGUCUCCGUGGGAUUAACAAGGGCGUGCACGCUGUCGCCAUCCGGCAGGUAACGAACUGGGGUUCUCGCUUUGGAUUCUCGCGGCUGGCGGAGGACGUGAUCCGGCGGGGAGCAGGGAAGGAGGAGGGUCAUAAGCUGAGUGCUGUUGAGAAGGUCCUUGCGUCGUCAAUUGGAGGUGGACUAUCUGCUUGGAAUCAGCCAGUUGAGGUGAUCAGGGUUGAACUUCAGAGUAUGAAGAAGGAUCCGUCUCGGCCGUCCAAUAUGACUAUUGCCAGCGCUGCAAAGUACAUAUACCGGGAGAAUGGCAUUCGGGGGUUAUAUCGGGGAGCGACGCCGCGGAUUGGGCUGGGGAUUUGGCAGACUGUUUGCAUGGUUGCGCUGGGUGAUAUGGCCAAAGAUGCGGUUGAACGACUUACUGGGGAGCGGGCUGGCCAUUAA